AUGAAGCCUCGUAGCAUCAAGCAUCAGCAUAAGACAGUAACCUGCCACGUAGCAUUUAUGUACCAUUUAUGUCGGAAAGACUUUUUUUGUUUCAGAAAUCAAGUCAACAUGCAGCAGGUGGAUACUAACUCGCAAAACAACUCCUUAGAUGUGGAAGAGCGAGAAAGGCUGUGUAAUAUACCGAAGACAAGUGCACCUGGACGAACACCAGGAUCACAACCGUUACCAGCAAGAACGCCACCACCACGUGAAGAGCCCGCAGUAGAGCCAGUAAAUGGCGUAGUCCAACCACCAGUUGUACCUCCACCAACUCGUCCAGGACGAAUCACUAAUCAGCUUCAGUUCUUGUCAAAAGGAGUACUGAAGCCAGUAUGGAAGCAUACGUUCGCUUGGCCUUUUCAGCAACCUGUCGAUGCGAAGAAACUCAACUUACCCGAUUACCACAAAAUCAUAAAAGAACCGAUGGAUUUGGGUACUAUCAAGAAACGUUUAGAAAAUACGUAUUAUUGGUCUGCACGAGAAUGUAUUCAGGACUUCAAUACUAUGUUUACCAAUUGCUAUGUCUACAACAAACCCGGAGAGGAUGUUGUAGUAAUGGCUCAAGCACUCGAGAAAUUAUUUCUCACAAAGGUUGCACAAAUGCCAAGAGAAGAAGUGGAACUCGAACCUCCUCUCCCGAAAGGACCAAAAGGAAAAAAGGCAAGAGUUGGUGCCCCUUUGAUCGGUGGUACUCCAGGAGUGACACCGGGAGUUGGUCGAGGUCGACCUUCCUCUGGAGCGGCGACAGUCAGUUCUAGUGUACCAAACAAUCUUCCACCUGCUGCUACAACAGCAGGAACCACUGGUGUCUUGCCAAUACCACCUCUCGGUACUCAAGCACCAGUAUCUGUACCUGGAAGUACCAAUACAACUACAAUCGCACCUCCAGCUAGUAUAAGCGUCACCUCAAUGGCUACUCAUAACUCUUUACCGCAACAAGUAGUUCCUCCACCCAGUGGAUAUCACGCUCAACCAGCGUUAGAUCCCCAAGCAGCUACUGCUGUACCUGCUCCUCCACAAGUUCCAACUGCACCUACAGUAAUGCCCCCUUCGCAGCCUGCUAAAGUCAAAAAGGGGGUGAAGAGAAAGGCUGAUACGACGACACCCACCGCUAAUUCUUUUGAACCCAUGUAUCAACCCAUGGAAUCUAAAAAUGCUAAACUUCCUACGAGAAGAGAAUCAGGCAGACAGAUCAAAAAGCCGUCGAGGCAAGCGGAAGACGGCCUUGUGCCAUUCCAUCAGGCCAACAUGCCCCUUAUCGGGGUGAUGGCCCAACAGCCACAACAUGUCGGCGGUAAAUCAAAAGAAAAACUCUCGGAUGCCCUAAAGUCUUGCAAUGAAAUUCUUAAAGAAUUAUUCUCUAAGAGACAUUCGGGCUAUGCCUGGCCAUUUUACAAGCCCGUAGAUGCCGAACUAUUGGGCCUUCAUGAUUACCACGAUAUUAUCAAAAAACCCAUGGACUUGGGUACUGUAAAGACGAAAAUGGACAGCCGAGAGUACAAAACGGCUCAAGAAUUUGCCUGUGAUGUACGGCUUAUCUUCACCAAUUGUUACAAGUACAAUCCUCCUGACCACGAUGUUGUGGCAAUGGCUAGAAAACUUCAGGAUGUCUUCGAAAUGAGGUAUGCUAAAAUUCCUGAUGAGCCUGUGGGAGGAAUGGCAGCAGUAACUCAUAGUAGCAGUAGCGGAAGUAGUUCAGGUUCUGAAUCAUCAUCGGGUUCCGAGGAUUCCGAGGAAGAGCGUACCCAAAAACUUCUUGCUCUUCAACAAGAAUUAAAGGCAAUGCAAGAAAAAAUAAAAAAGGUGGUUGAAGAGUCCGGUAAAAAGAAAAGCAAAAAAAGUAAAUUGGAGAAACCUAAGUCGAAGCCUAUGAGUAAUAAAACUCCAGGACUUGUUGGAAGUCACAGUGGUGCCAUGAAGGAACUUAUGAAACCUAGUGUUGGUAUGCAAAAUGUUUCGGAUAGUGUUGGCGCAAGUAUAGCUAGUGUUGCAAUGGGAGCGGGUGAUCUUAAAAUGCCUAGUGGUUUGCCCGUAGGUGUUGGUAUGGGUUUGCCUGGUGAUCAUCAUCCGGCUUUAGCUGUUGGUCCUAAUAAAGCUCAUCCUGGUGCUGCCGCGGCAGCAACUGUUAAACCGAAAGGUAAAACUCGAGGUCCUGGGAAGUCCGCUGCCACUAAUGCUGCUAGCAAACGACCGAAAACGAAUAGUAGGUCCACUAGCAAUAAGAAGAAGAAUGCUGCUAAUCAACCCCCUCCAAUGCCGUUCGACUCUGAGGAUGAGGAUAAUGCUAAACCUAUGUCUUAUGACGAAAAACGACAGCUCAGUUUGGAUAUUAAUAAACUGCCUGGUGAUAAGUUAGGGCGUGUAGUACAUAUUAUUCAAUCUCGAGAGCCUUCGUUAAGAGAUUCAAAUCCCGAUGAAAUCGAAAUUGAUUUUGAAACUCUUAAACCCUCAACACUGAGAGAGUUGGAAAGCUACGUUGCUUCGUGCUUAAGAAAAAAAAUUCAUAAAAAAGUUAGUGGAAAAUCUAAAGACGAACAAAUGGCUGAAAGAAAACAAGAGUUGGAAAAAAGAUUACAAGAUGUCACUGGGCAAUUAGGCAAUGUAAAGAAAGCUACUAAAAAAGAAGACAACAGUAAAUCAGUAGAUGUAGUUGGUUCAGCAGGAACGAGUGGACCAUCAAGGCUGUCAGCGUCAAGCAGUAGUAGCAGUGACAGUGAUUCCAGUAGUAGUUCGUUAUCAUCGAGUUCGAGUGAUUCGAGCGACAGUGAAGCAGGAAAUUCGUCUAAUCGUCCACCGCGGAAGAAAACUAAAAAAACAGCUAAUGCUGCUCCGUCUUCAAACCUCAACAUUACCCAGCAAUUGUCAUCUGUAAAUCAUACGGGAAAUCUCCUUAUGAAUAAUCAACCACCAAACUCCACGGGACCAGUUACAAAACCUAUAGUAACACAACCUAAUGCAAUGCCCAUCGAUCAUGGUGGUAAUCAACCAGCAGUCGGAGGAGUUACUACAGUAACUGGGAGUCAAGGAAUGGCAAUAUCAAGUCAUACAUCAAUGCCAGCUCAACCGUCGAGACCAACUGCUUUAGCAACAGCAGCACCAAUGAAGAAAAAGACAACACCACCACCAUCAACUCCAUCAAAUCCACCCACUCCCUCAGUGUCAGUACCAACCCCACCGCCCAGUGUCACUCCGACCAAUGCAAAUGCAUCUAUAACAUCACCAAUGAUUUCUCAAGCAACGACUAUUCCAAGUUAUCCAAUAAUGAGCACGAUAUCUGCCAUUAAUGAUACUACUAUCAAUCAGCCAGACCUUAUGCAGCCUUUUAAUCCUCUAGGAUCUAUAACAACGACUCAACCAUCUAUAGAAAUGAAUUUGAGUAGCAUGAAAAAAGAAACGACCCAUGCGUCAAUGGUUCAAAAUAUUCAUCAACCUGUAUCAACAAAUAAUACUAAUGCAAAUUUAAUGACUAAUUUUAAAAGUUCUGUUAACAUGAUGCCAACAAAUAUUCAAUCAAAUUUAUUGAAUAAUAUUGGUAUGGGUAAUAUCAAUUUGAAUUUACAACAAAAUCUUGGUCCAGCGUUACUACAAAAUCAAUUAGAAAAUAUGAUGAAUACAACGCAAUUAAAUAACAUACAAAAUGCUCAUAAUAUGGUGAUGAAUAAUCAACAGCAUUCCAAUGGAUUUUCUAAUAUUAAACGUGAAACUUCACCAUCUAUGAUGAACAAUAAUGGUAUACCUAACUUAAAUAUGCCGCUGGGUAUAUCGACCGUAGGAUCAAUAUUUGAUCCAGUUCCUCCGAUGGUUUCUAUGCCAAUGCAAAUUCCUCAAUUGACUGUCAAAAAAGAUGAACGGCCUCAAAUGACACAAGCUCCAACAUCUCAUAAACCUAUGGAUGCGGGGGCUUUCUUUGCAGAGAUGAACUCAUUAGGGAUGCCAGUGAUGAGUAACCACUCUAAUGCACAAAUAUUGCCAGAAAAGAAAAUGACGCCGCCAGAUUCGAAAAAUUCAGCGGCUAAUUUUGCUUCGGCUUUCAAAAAUAAGACUGUUGAACAAAAUGUUAAAAAUGCAUCAUCAUGGUCAUCGUUGGCUCAAGCUUCAAGUCCACAAUCAGCUGCAGGAAGUAAUAUAAAAAGAGAUUCAUCAAGAGACUCUUUCUUAUCAUUCAAGAAGCAAGCCAAAGAAAAACAGGAUAGGCAACGUGCACUACUGGAGCAACAAGAGAUCCGAAGGCAACAAAAAGAACAAGAAAGAUUACGCCAGGAAAGUGAACGAAAACGAGAGCGUGAAGAUGAAGAUGCGUUAGAAAAAGUCAUGAAGACUGUCAAUGAGCAGCAAGGAGUAACCAUUACACCAACAUCACGGGUAGAAGAAAUAAAAGUCUCUACUGAAACUGACAGUAGUAGUCCGAGUCAUUCAUCUAGCCAGGAUAGAGCGGCAGCUGAACGCGAACGUCAAAGGCUCCGAGAACAAGACAGACGGCGACGUGAAGCGAAUGCAAACAAGAUUGACAUGAACAUGCAAAGUGACUUGAUGGCUGCAUUUGAAGAAACGUUAUAA